AUGGCUGAGCAGGUGAAGGCUGCCACUCGUGAUAAGCUGCGCUCCAUCCCUGGGAACUGUGGUGGAAGAUGGCAGUUAGCCUACCUCUAUCUGGCUCAGUUAUCACUCAUCCCAAUACCGAGGCAGGAGGAUGGCAAAGUUCAGGCCAAUGUGGACUAUGCAUUGGUCCUCGCCUUGUCUCCUGGUGACACUUGUUCUCUCUCUUCCCUGGGCUGGCCCCUGCAGGCUUACCACUCUUCUCUCAUGGACCCGGACACCAAGCUCAUCGGUAACAUGGCCCUGCUGCCCAUCCGAAGCCAGUUCAAAGGACCCGCCCCUCGCGAGACCAAAGACACGGACAUUGUGGACGAAGCCAUCUAUUACUUCAAGGCCAAUGUCUUCUUCAAGAACUAUGAAAUUAAGAAUGAAGCGGACAGGACCUUGAUCUACAUCACACUCUACAUUUCUGAGUGUCUAAAGAAACUCCAAAAGUGCAACUCCAAGAGCCAAGGCGAGAAGGAGAUGUACACGCUAGGAAUCACCAACUUCCCCAUCCCCGGAGAGCCCGGCUUUCCUCUCAAUGCCAUUUAUGCCAAGCCUGCGAGCAAACAGGAGGACGAGAUGAUGCGGGCAUAUCUCCAGCAGCUGAGGCAAGAGACCGGACUGAGGCUGUGUGAGAAGGUUUUUGACCCUCAGAAUGAUAAACCCAGCAAGUGGUGGACUUGCUUUGUGAAGAGACAGUUCAUGAACAAGAGUCUUUCGGGGCCUGGGCAGUGAGAGGAGCCUGGGCAGCACCACCUGCAGAGCCACGGGCAGCAUCACGUGGAGACACAUCAUAGGACACACAGGCCAAUGUGUCCAUUCAUACCUACCAUAUCAAGGAGAGAAGAGAGCCUGUCUUUGCUGGAAAAGCUCUUGGUCAAGAAUUGGGAGGGUGGGUGUCGGGUGAUUUCGAUUUUUGGCAGUUUUAAGCUGGUACUUAAUAUAUAAUAAAUGUCACUGCUUAUGUUAGACAUUGAAUUAAAACAUUUUUGAGAAAAAGCUUA